AUGGCUUUGCCAAAGCGUCGCCUCUCGACUGUUUCGCAGCUCUUCUCCGCGGCCGACCUCCAUGAGGAUCAAAUUUUAGAUUGCAAUGCCCUGGCAGCGCUGCUCGUUCAGACAGGCACAGCCAAUGCUGCGAAUGCAGUCGACUUGGCAGCGGAAAUUUUGGCCGACCUCGACGUCACACACCAGGGGCAUGUGUCUGCGCGAGACUUUCUGAACAGCGCCGCUCAAAACUUGCCCCACAUGGUCUCCGCGCAUACCUCGCAGCGCUCCUCUCGUCGCAGCUCGGCCACAAGGGGCGAGGCGCGUUCGACCUUUUUGUCAAGAGCCGACAGCGAAUCGAGCACUUCUGCUCAUGCUCGCCUUUUUAGCCGCCGCUCCAGUCAUGGUCUGCUGCCCCCCGCCCCCCAACCGGAUGCACCUCCAGAAGUGCACGCCAUGGACUUUGAUAAGCGACGGGCCAUGUGGGAGAUUUUUCUGCAAGCAGCGCAUGAAUCUCAGCCCAAUCGCAUCAGUCGUGCUGACAUAUAUCGCCUCAUCAACGACCAUAGCCUGCUUGCUGCUUAUGGUCUCAGCCCUUCCCAGACCAAGCAUUUUGAGUUUGCCCCAAUCGCCGUUGAUGAUAUCUUUGCUCAGCUUGGCAAAAGUGAAGAGGCAGAUCUCGACUUUGAUUGCUUCUGUGCCGCCUUUGCAUCCCACUUUACCGUUCACGGCAACGUGGUCUCGCCCGAUCUGCUGGUUCGCGCGGAAAUUCGAGCCCUUGUCAGCGCCAAUUCCUCCCUUCAAGACCAAGUCUUGGACAUGCGGAAGGACCUGGAACAGAUUGCACAUCAGGCUGAAACUCGAGAACUCGCUAUUCGAGAGCAAACUGAUCACCUCGAGGAUACAUAUUCACAAGAUGUCGAGGAUUUGCAAAAGGAAAACCAAGUCCUCCGCUCAGAGAAUGCGCGUUUGCGCCAGGUCUUAAAGGGUGCUGUUGCUUCCAGUGCCGCUCUUGACCAAGACAUGAAGAACUAUAAUCACCGCCUAUCCACCCUGCACGAUCAAUAUGUGCACCGGUUGGAUCACCCCUUGGCCUCCCCACAUGGACACGACGCCUUUGGUCGCCUUCGUGAUUGGUGUCGCCGGUCAUCCAACCUGUUCCAAGACGGACACUGUGACUCGGCCGCCACACAUGAAUUGCUGGAUGAGUUGGAUGCCAUUGAGCAAGACAUUGGGCGUUGCCAAUAUGCCGGCUCGCCAGUCUUUGAGCGACAGAACAGUGGUCGCUUGCCCAGUAUCAGCGAAGGUCGGGUUUCAGAGGCCCUUCCCGACCAGCUGGAGCGACUGGCUCACGACUACCGUGAACUGCAGGCUUGCAGCGAGCGCGACUUGCGUGACCUCUCUGCUCGCUAUUCUAUGGAGCUUCAGGAAUUGCGCCACGAGCGCGACAUGCUUCAAGAGCAACUUGCUGACCUCAAUGGUGAGACCAUGCCGGCUGUGGCCCCGAGCACUGAGACUGAUAUGUUGGCCGCCGCGCAAGCGAAUCUGGAUGCUGUCAUAUUGGAACGGGACAAGGCCCAGGGUGACCUCCACGAUGCCCAGCAACAAAUAUGUGACUUAGAAGAGCAGCUGAGGAGCUUACAGGCCGUACACCAGCAGGUCUUGGCUGACCAUACAGAAGAGGAUCGCGCUGCGUUGGAGCAAGUCGAGCAGCUUGAAGCUCUUUUGCAACAGGCACGCCGCGAGCUGCGCGAAAAUCAGGAAGCUCACCGCCGGGAGAUCGAUAUGUUAAAAUUGGCACAUGAGCACGCCCGUCGUCAAUUAACCGAUGAGUGGAGCCGCCGUAUUCGAGAACUUGAAACGCAGCGUGCUCAGCAGCAACGGCUCGCGCAAAGUCGCCCAUCCUCGGCCGCAACGAACUUGACCGCCAGCUCCUCAUCGACUGGUGUGUAUGGCCAGGUUAUUAUCCUCCAGAAGGCUCGCGUCAACCUUAACGCCCUCUCCACCGUGGCCGCCCAACUGCAAGCCGAUGUGCUGGACUGGCAGUCAACAACCCGUGAACUGAUGGAACAAGCCAUACAGAAGCUGGAGCAUCGGGCGGCACUCGCACGUUCCACAGACGCGAGUGCCUUGGUCUGGCCGGCGUAUGGUUUGGACUUGCUGGCGGAGCUGCAGCGCGAGCGCGAAGCACGAUAUCGCUUGGAACGACAACUGACGCAAUUAGAUACGGAGCAUCGGCCAAGGAAGAAUUUGACUGCGACCUUCACUGACCCCGUACCAAAACGCGCCGAGCCAUUUGACGACUCUGCAACCCAGGCUGUGCGCAUGAAGUCAGAAGAUGGCAACCUCAAUAUCAAUUUAGAGCAGAAAGAUCUGGCUCUGGAGCUUCAACGAGACAUUGAGCGGCAUGCUACGCGGGAAGGCGAGCUGCUCCAUCAAUUGGCGAAUGCAGACGAUGCGCUGUCAACAGCGAUUGCUUCUCAACCUGGCACGUCUCGUGCACCAUCUAUGACAUCCGUGCCCAGCCUUAGCCAGCUUUCCUCGGCUCGCCCAUCGCUCUCAGAAGCAAUCGUCAACUCUGAGAGUAGAGGUGCCCUUACACAGCGGCUUUCACGCAGCUCCAUGGCGCAGCAAGGCGAGCACAUCAUUGAGCUUUAUAACCAGCUCAGAGAAUCUCAAGGAGAAGUACAAGCCUUGCGUGCCGCACUGCAACGCAUGGAACAAAUGGGUUCGCAGAAGCAGCUGCACCAACAACAACAUUCUCCUUCGCGGCAGCGUACAGGCAGCCUUCAGAAACACCAGGGCUCUGCACAGGACAUCCCAAACGCUGUGGCUCGUGUUGGCGAACAAGUGCCACAAGCCUCAAGGAGUGAGUGGACGACCGUGGUGACACCCACAGAGUGGUAUGUUCCUCAAAAAACGUGUGCAAAGGGCAUCAUAACUAGUCAUGGUAGUUCAGCAGCAACGAUUCGCCUUCCCUCCAGGGCGCUGGCCUCUGCUCAGGAAGGAGAAGUUGAGAUCCAGCCCACGGACGCCCAUAGUCAGCGUGCUACGUCGCCAUUGAACGACAGACCCCGGGUGCCUGGAGCUCGAUCCCACCCAAGAGACAAGACCACAGCAAAGCCUAGUCAAUUCAACACGUCGGAUUCUUACGUUGAGCCGGAAUGGUCAUCCACUUUGCUUCGUUCUGACAAGCGGCGUCUUCUUGACUUGAUUGCGGAGCUGCGCGCUGAGCUUCACGACGCACGCACACGCGCACUGCACGAGCAACAGCGUGCCGUGCGGCUUGAAGAUGCAAUGGACCGACAACACCGACGUCGGACGUCAAAAGAGGCUCGAGAACAAGGCACAUUGCCUCACUUUCUGCAAGUCAACAGCAGUUCUAGGCCUCUCGACUGGUAUGCUCUGCCACCAGGCUCGAGCCAGCGCUUCCAGAGUCCCGUCCGAAAGCGCAGCGUCAGCAGUGACAGACUCAAGGCACCCGGACAGCCCGUUAGGUCGCUCGCUGAACGCUCCUCAGCCGCCAAUAUCUACGGAGCCUGUCAUUCAGUCGGCAAUGUACACAGGCAACCCGAUGCCAUUGGCAAGUCAUCACAAUACGAGCACGCAUUUGAUGCUUCCACGCCUCGACGUGCUCACACCUUGUCUCGUCUUCACAAGGGGGAGUUGCUCACCGCAGAGCAGCUUGACUUUGAAGGAUGGGAUGAUGCGUCAGAUGGUCAUGGGCCAAUAGAGUCGCCCGUGUCGCAGACAGCAUCUUCAUCCGCAUCGUUCGUUCCAGGUAGCAGCGAGGGUCUCAUGCCACAAUAUCCAAAGCACACACUUGUGCAGCCUCGUCCCUCAAAUACAUGUAGAUGA